UGUGGCGGGCAGCAGCGGGCGCGUUGGCGUGGGCGUGCAACUGAAGACGCAACAUCCACCACCGCCGCCGCCGCCGCCGCCGUCGCCAGGGGUCGCAGGCCGCGGCAGGGUGUGCAGCAGGACUGUCAUCACCACACGCCGCUAUGGUGGGCCGGCGGCCUGCAGCAGGCCAGACGGCGGCGCCAAGGGGCGUGCCCGGGGCAGGCGAGGCGGCGCGACAGUGAGCGACGGGCGGUGCCCUGAGAUGGGCGGAGCGGGGGGGCGGGGGCUGCUGGCCCGCCUGGGGCCGCUGAUGGCGGUAGCGGCGCUGGCCUGUGCCGCCACCGACGCCGCCCUCACGCAGAAGCGGCGCAAGACGGCGCUCAUCGAGGGGGACAUCCUGAUAGGCGCGCUGUUCAGCGUGCACGAGUUCCCCAAGCAGAAGACCGCCUCCACCCUCACCUGCGGCAAGAUCCGUGAGCAGUACGGCAUCCAGCGCGUCGAGGCGGCCUUCCUGGCCAUCGACCUGAUCAACAACGACACGGAGCUGCUGCCGGACAUACGCCUCGGGGUGGAGAUACGCGACUCCUGCUGGUACUCGUCCAUCGCGCUGGAGCAGAGUCUGGAGUUCAUCCGCGACGCGCUCUCUCCCCCCGGCGACAGCACCAACACCUCGGCGCGGGCGGACUCCUGCAAGAUGGCAAACCCCAAGAAGCAGAUGGUGGGCGUGGUGGGGCCCGGCUCCUCCGACGUGACGAUACAGGUCCAGAACCUCCUGCAGCUCUUCAGCAUCCCGCAGGUGGGUUACUCGGCAACCUCGCGGGACCUGAGCGACAAGGAACGCUUCUCCUACUUCCUGCGCGUCGUGCCCUCAGACUACUAUCAGGCGCAGGUCCUCAUCGAUAUCGUGCGCUACUACAACUGGACCUACGUUUCCACGGUGCACACGGACGGUAACUACGGGCACAGUGGCAUGAAGGCCUUCCAGAUUAUGGCCGAGAACCACAACGUGUGCAUCGCCAAGGAGGACUCGGUGAGGAGCAACGCCGAGGACGAGGCCUUCGACGACGUGAUCAAGAAGCUUCAAGAGGAUUCGCGGGCCAACGUGGUGGUCUGCUUCUGUGAGGGCAAGACCAUCACAAAUCUACUGAAGGCGGCGCAGCGGAACAACGUGACAUCCAGGUUCCAGUUCAUUGGCAGCGACGGGUGGGCUGACCGCUCGGACGUGGUUCCCGCCGGGCUGGAGGCCGCGGCGGUGGGCGGGCUGUCCAUCAAGAUACAGAGUUCCACUGUGAAGGAGUUCGACGAGUACUACUUUGCUCUGCACCCCGACACCAACAGCCGCAACCCGUGGUUCAGGGAGUUCUGGCAGCACAGGUUCAACUGCUCCCUGCCCGGCGAGACUGACCGAGAUGGAGAAGAAGCAGCCUUCCCGCCCUGCUCGAACACGGAGACUCUUCGGAAAGACUACAAACAGGACACGAAGAUGGCGUUCGUUAUGAAGGCGAUCUACACGAUGGCUUGGGGGCUUCACAACAUGCAGAGGGCGCUGUGCCGGCCGGGCCAAGGGCUGUGCAAGGCCAUGCUGCCCAUCAACGGCUCGCUAUACAUGGACUACCUCAUGAACGUCACCUUCUCCUACCACGACGAGACGGUCACCUUCGACUCCAGGGGCGACCCCCCGGGAAGGUACAACAUUAUGAACUACCAGCUCCGCGCGGACGGGAGUUACGAGUACGUGUUGGUCGGCAUGUGGGACAACGGGACGCUGGAUAUCAAUCACACGCUGGUCGAGUUUAACACCCUGGACAGCCAACCCCCGAUCUCCGUGUGCUCCGACCCGUGCAGAUACAACGAGUUCAAGAGCGGGGACGGCACGCAGAUGUGUUGCUGGGUGUGUACGCCGUGCCUCGAGAACCAGUACCUCAAGAACGAGACGGCAUGCGAGGACUGCCAGCCAGGAUACACCCCCAACCUGAACAUGACGGGGUGUGACGCCAUCCCCGUGGAGCACCUCACCUGGGACGCCCCGGAGUCCAUCGCGUCGCUCACCCUGGCGUGUCUCGGCCUGCUGGCGACCUGCUUCACCAUGACGGUCUUCAUCAAGUACAACCACACGCCCGUCGUCAAGGCCUCUACAAGGGAGCUCUCGUACAUCAUCUUCGUGGGCAUGAUGGUCUCUUACUGCGCCACUCUGCCCCUGCUCGCUCGCCCCUCGCCCGUCGCCUGCGCCGCCUCCCGUGUGCUGCCCGGCCUCUCCUUCGCCAUGAUCUACGCGGCGCUGGUCACCAAGACGAACCGCAUCGCCAGAAUACUCGCUGGUAACAAGAAGAUCACGAUGCGCAAACCUAGAUUCAUGUCGGCUACUGCGCAGGUGGUCAUCACGUGCGGCCUAAUUGGAAUCGAACUGGGGAUCAUCAUUGCCAUGCUCAUCCUUGACCCACCGAACAGCCGCCAUGACUACCCGAAUCUUGACCAGGUGAUGCUGGUCUGCAACACCACCAACCGCGCCAUCAUCGCCCCGCUGGCCUGGGACUUCUUUCUGAUCCUGAUGUGCACCGUGUACGCCGUCAAGACCAGGAACCUCCCAGAGAACUUCAACGAGGCCAAGUUCAUCGGCUUCUCCAUGUACACCACCUGCGUCAUCUGGCUCGCCUGGUUCCCCAUCUACUUCGGCAGCCGACACAAGAUCAUCUGUAUGAGCAUGUGCACCUCGCUCAGCGCCCUCGUCACCCUCGUGCUGCUCUUCUUUCCCAAGCUCUACAUCAUCCUCUUCAGGCCCGAGAAGAAUGACAGGUCGGCCUUCAAGACGGCCAAGACGGUGCGCUGCCACAUCGGCUCCUCCAACAAGACCAGCCUCUCGCGACCCUCGGACACCACCCCCAGCGCCGCCGUCGAGAGCAUGUACGUGGGCUCCGCUAUGCUGGGCCUCAUGCCUCCCCAGCUGACCCUCAUGCAGCGGCUCAAGACUUCCCUGGCAGCGGCGCCCUUCCUCGCCUCUGCCACAGCCGGAGCCCACGCCCGCAGCACACUCAAGAGGGAGAUCAGCGUGUGGAGCGACGCCAGCGGCAGCGGCGGGGGGGCGGCAGCCUCGGCCCGGGACGCAAUGCUGAGGCGGGCGUACGGCUCCCAGCUGGACCUGUCAGGCGAGGCGUGGAGCGGCGUGUUGCGGGAGGAGCGGGCCUGCCAGACCACGGAAGACCUGCUGGACUCCCUCAUCCCUCGGCUGCGGCGGCGCGUGGUGCGCGCCGUGCGGGAGAACAAGCUGGACGCCACCGAAGGCCGCGAGUUCUUUUCCCUCACCCACGGCUGGAUGACCUCACAGGCUGAGGCGGCGAGGAACGAGAUGCGGAGGGGAGACACAGACCCCGAGAAGGUGGCCACCGCUGCAGCCGCCAUCGCCGUCGCCGCCGCCGCUGCAGCUGCCUCGGUCACCACAGCUGCUGUCACCACCACCACCACCACCACUGCCGCCUCCACCACCACCACUGCCACCACACGAUCUUAUCCAAGUUCUGUGCACCCCAACACCCCUGCCGCCACCACCUCCACGACCUCCACACAGUCUGACCACCCAACUACCACCACCACCUCCACCAACACCUCCACCACACCCACGGAACAUAGCACACCAGCCCUUGUCAUUACCACCGUUGCUGCUGCCACUACCCCCGCCUCCAUCACCACCACCACCACCACCACAUCCUUCAUCACUACCCCCACCACACAGAACCAUAUCAUCACCAUUGCCACCACCCCGACACCCACCACAAACAACAGCAGCGGCAACAACAACAACAAUACCACCUCCAUCACCACAAGCAAUAACAGUAACAACACCAACUCCUGCACAGUCGUUCCGGCAAGGCCCCCCCACCCGAGCGCUCCAUGCCCUGAAGCCACCACCACCACCACCAAUACCACCUCCACCUCCACCUCCACCACCCCCUCCACAGCCAUCACCUCCACCAAUCAUCACCAGGGCGAGGCGGGUCCUGCCCUCCCCGCUGCUACCACCACCACCCCGCACCCCACCAUGAGGCCGGCCGCCUCCCAAACCCCCGUCACUGGCCGUGCCUGGAGCCAGGGGGCGGGUGAGGGCAUGAGGGCGGGCGAGGACAACGGUGGGGAGAGGCAGUGCGUGACUAGGGUGCGGGAAGUAUCAACAGUAGGGAGGGUGAACGGCGAAGAGGCCGCUGGAUUUCAGGGUGUCAGUGAGAGUGACGGGGCGGGGCUGAUGGCAGGAGACGGGGCGCUGCGUCACCCUGACGAGGCGCUCGGCGUGGAGUGCCAGGGACGUGUUCUGGAGGGUGAAGGCCCCGGCGAGGCGGGGUGGGCUCCGCCGCUCUGCUCCGCUGCCUCCAAGCAGUGCUCGGGUGAGCGGAACCUCGCCUUCGUGGGGUACGGCUCGCCCAUGCCGUGUGUGGCGGGUGGCGGGGACGGCGACGGCGGCUGGACUGCAACUCCAGACCCUUCGACUGGUCACGUGCCGAUGGCCGAGGCAACGAUGGAGGGGGCGGCGUGGGGCGGCGGGGGUGACUGCGAGAAGCUGCUGGUAGAGGUCAAGCCGCGUGGGGCGCGGCGAGUGGAGGUGCUGGGGCGGCGGGAAGGGCGCCACCGCCGCCGCAAGGUAGGCGUGACGGCGCGCGUGGCGGACGUGCGCGGCAUCCUGCGCUGCGUCGCCUUCCCCAGGACAGACAAGACUGCGAGGGUGUCAUUUGACACGCCCGCCGCGAAUGAGUCCGCGACAAACCGGGUGGGCCAGCCGCGACCCCCAAGGUCUCGGCAGGACUCGGGUGACAGCGGGGAGCAGGAAGCGCCCUUCAGCAUCCUGGAGGAGAGCGACGCUGAGGCCUCCGACAGCUGCGAGAUGAAGACCAUCAUCAUCAGGCUGGGCAGCGGCGGCGGCGAGGAGGAGGGCGUCGGCAGCAAUGGCGGCAGCGGCGGCGGUGGCAGUGAGGGUGGCGGCGGCCGGGGACGCGGCCCCUUCAUCAACUGGCGCCCCCGCCUCGGCAGGAACCAUCCGGCGCUGUCCCGCCCCAACGCCGCCACCCCGCGGCACACGGCGCCCCGCCCCGGCCCACGCCCCGGCCCAUCCCAUCCCAACCAGCGCUCCUCUGAGCUGGUCAUACUCGACCUCCUGCGUCGCAACAAGGGCCAGGGGGCACGACUCCCCUCACCCCCUCCCACCUCAGAGCCUCCCCUCGACCAGAUAAUCCUUCCUCCCCCCCGCCAGUACUCCCCCGCCGCCGCCCACCACCACCCGCCCCUCCACAAUCAUGUCCACACGGAGCUCCCACCCGCCUCCCCCAUCCACGUCCCCUCCCCCUCCCCCUCCCCUUCCCCUUCCCCUUCCUCCAGCAGCAGCAGCACCACCCGCGGGGAGGCAAGCACGGCGGAGGACACUCACUACCACAACCACAACCACCACCAUCACCACGCGCCAUCACCAUCACCAUCACCAUCACACACCCUCAGCCCCGCUCAGCCCCCCCAGGAAAACACCGCCGAUCACGAGCCCCUCCCCGCUCCCCCACCGCCCUGCCCCGACCUGACACGGACGAGGACACGGACGACAGCACCACGCCCAUCGAGGAGUUCUUCCUGA